CUGCUCCAUGAUGAGGCUGUCAACAGCCCGGAAACAGAAACAUUCAACCCAGAGAGGUUCAUGAAAGAUGGGGUUCUCAAUCUGGAUGUUCCAUUCCCCAUGGAAACCUUUGGCUUUAGCCAGUGCAUCUGUCCUGGAAAAGAUAUGGCAAUUGAUUCCAUAAAGAUAAUGAUGGCUUCAUUGUUGGCAAUGUUUGACUUUGAUAAUGCUGUUAAUGCAUCAUUGAGCUUUUGGAGGAAUUUUUCUAAUCAUUUUAAUAGUUACCCAGCACUGUUCAAGUGCUCCAUACAGCCAGGGUCUCAGGCUGCUGCUUCAUUGAUUAGGGCAGAUACUUAG